AUGGCUUCGGCAUCCAGAUUCGAGGAUGCCCAUGUCUAUGGCUAUUUGCGGACGCAGGGUGUCGUCUAUCAGCUCGAGGAAGUUGAGACAUCCAUUGGCCGUGGCGAGGAGUGCAGCUUGCAGCUGGACGGCAAGGGUAUCUCACGAAUGCACGCGCGAUUGACGUUCACGGGAAGGCGGCCGCAACUUCUUGAUCUGGGUUCCAGCAAUGGCACCUUUGUGAACGGACUGCGUCUGAAGCCCAACAUUGCCCACGAUUUGAAACAUGGUGAUGUGGUACGCUUUGCGCAGGCAAGAUGUACAUAUAGUUUUGAGUUGCCACCGGAAGGUCAGAAAACUCCAAAGACUCCUAAGGAGAGUGUUGAGCCACCAGGUCAAGAAGAGACCCCUCCCCGUCCAGCCCUGAAGUCGAAUGAAGACGGAAAGGAGAAGCCAGGCAAGGAUGUACAGCCGGCAUACCCUGGAAGCGCUGCAGUGCCGUGCGUCAACGUAUUGCCCGUUCCCUUCCCCGUCAUGCAGCCUGGGAUGCCAGGCAUGCCAGGCAUGCAGCCGAUGCAACUUUUUGCGCCAUCGCAUUCUCCACCUCAGCCCCCUGUGGCUGCGGCUUGCCCACAUCCCUCUCUUCCCGAGACCUCGGAGCCGAUCUACCCGCGGAGGAGCUCAGCUGUUGAAGAGUCUGAGCUGCUGCAGAAGCAGGACCUCCUCCUGCAAAGACUCUGGAAGCUUGAGCAAACGAUUUCCCGUCUCGCUGAUGCGAACCUCGAGGUUUGCCAAAGAGCAAGUCCCGGUCCUGGCGGUCCCGGUCCACCAGAUCACGCAGAACAACGCGAGGAAGAAGAUCCGUCCUUUGGGGAGGCUGAGGAAGCCCAUCUGGUCGCGGCGGCCCUCACGGCCGCCUCAGAACGGCUGGCAAGCGCAGAGUGCCGGGACACUGAAGCCUCACCCUCCCAAGCUAAAGGCAGCCCGCGUUUUAGCGAGAAGCAAGCGGAGCUCGGGGCCAAAGAUCAUGCCGCCUCGAACAUGGAAGCCCAUGGUGAGCUCAUGGCGGAGAUGCAGCGCAUGCUCGCUUUGUACGAAAUGGUGGUGGGCGUGGGUAAGCCAGACUACAGCCCUGGCACAUGCAAUGCUGACGCCAGCAGCUCAUCCUCAGGAUCUGCGGAAAAGGCUCCUCCGAAGCCUUUGUUUGAGGGUGCGGUAGGAGAGACUUCGGUGGUGCUGGCAGCCAUCAUGUCUGCGCUUGAGGAAUUGGCUGCUAUGGGUUACGCCAACCCAAACGUGGGAGGGCACAGGAGAUGGAAUGCCUUAGCGCAUGAGCGCGAAAGACUGGCGAAGGAGGAAGAAAAAGAAUCCGAGCGCUUGCGGGAGCUCGAGGAUCAGGAAGGGAGUUUCCGUCAAAGCACGGAGGCUGAACUUUCCGAACUGAACCGGAUCCUAGAGGGCGAGGAUGCGGUCGGCAUCGCCGAUGGUGGAUCACACCCAAUGUUCCAAGACAUUCCGCAGACGAAGCUCACAGCGCAGCAAGCGUACGAUCAUCUUCAGACGGAGCUAGCACGUGUUGAAGCGGACAAAGCACGUCUCGAAGUGGCAGCCUCCAGCCUGUCCGAAGAGCUCUCGGAGACCUACGGACUGUAUCAAGAGGAGAAGUCCAAGGCCGACACCGCCUCAAAGUUCUUCGCCAGCACCGAGGAGCUAGCAGAUGAGCUUCAAGAAUGGCUCUACUCAGGCCGCUCAGAGCGCAUGGCAGCUCUUGGGAGGAUGAAGUGCUUGGCACAGACGCAGCUUGAGCACAAAAGCAAGGCAACUUUAAGCUCUCAUCGGUACUUUCAACUUCGCUUGAGCUACCUUGACAUGCCUGGGAUGGCUCGACCGCAGCCAUUUAGACCACAUCCCGUCUCAGAGCUCGGAGGCCGGUCAUUGAAGGGCCAUCGAAGCGGCAGUAGUGGUGCGGUGCAACUGUGCCUCACGCACGUCAAUUUGAGUUCAGCUGUGGAGAGAGGGUUGAAACCUCAACAAAGAUCCGAGAACAUCAACAAGCAUUUGCAAGAACAUCAAAAAGAUUAUGUGGUAACCUCACUAAGGCUUCUACGGCUUCGAAGCUUUGGGAAACAAAGUCUCGAAAAUCGUACUCACGCUCCAGGGGGCGGGGGGGCACGGGCGUAG